AUGGAAGAAGUCGAAAAAAACGGUCAAGACAACAUGGGAUCUGCGAGCGAUUUCUGUGCCGAGACGGAAGAGAGCUCUGAGGGAGUACCACUUAGUGAUAUUGCCGGUAGGGAAACCACCACACAAGAAGACACCAUGAACAAUCAGAUUAUUUCUCAAUGUGAUCAAACGGCUGACAUUCCAAUAAGUCAAGAAAUGGUGCUCGUACCUCCUGCAGUUUCCUCCAGGCAGUCCUCAGCAACUGCUUCUAUUGCUGGGGACCAAAAUAAUUUUCAGCAUGAACAAGAAACCACCGAUCAUCAAACACGCCAAAAAUUGGAGCCAUUCCACCCUCCAGAUUCUUCAAGGCAGCUGCCAGCAGCUACUUCUUUUGUUGGUACCACUGAUGAGAAUGAUGAUAAUAGUCAUGCUGAAACAUGCACAAAAAGACACGAAAUGGCAGAACAAUCAGCACAAGGACCUCUACUUCAAGAGCAACGGAUCCAGCAAGAACUGGGGGAAGGGACCACAACAAGCACAGCUGGUGCUUCUGCAGAUGCACAUAGCAACCAGAACAUACAUGAACAUGAUGAAAUUGCGAGGAAACGAUUUCCACAAGAAAUGGUACAGGAAGGGGAUGAUGCCACGACAUCUGCCACAGCAACAACAAAUUCAAGUACAAGUACCACAGGUUCCUCCGGAGAUUCACAAGGCAACCAGAACAAUUCUGAACGUGAUCUAGUCACGAAAAACUACAUGUAUAUUCGACUAACAAGGGUGCAGGAAGAGAUCGAUGCCACAGCAACAACAAAUUCAAGUACAAGCACCACGGGUUACUCGACAGAGUCACAAGGCAACCAGAAUAAUUAUGAACAUGAUGAAAUGGUGAAGAAUCAAAUUCGACAAGAAAUGGUCCAAAUACCCCCUCCCAUUGCUGCCAGGCAGUCCUCUGCUGCUGGCAUCGACAACGCUGCUGCUGAUGAUAUCACAAAGGAUCAAAUUCGACAAGAAAGGGUGACAGUGCAGAUGCCCCCUCCUGUUGCUGUCAGGCAAGCCUCAGCGGUGACCAUUGAAAAUUUUGGUGUUGCUCAGGCAGUGAGAAACAGCACUACUACUAGACAAGAAAUGGCACAACAACCAGCACCAGCAACCGCAACGACGACUCCAGCCCGCGUUGAUGCAAUCCAGGACGAGGUCAUGGGCGGACUACAAGCCUUGCCACCACAAUCGACACCUGCAGGAGCGCAACGACAGCCUGCCCCUGGUGCGUAUUCGGCAAAUCCGGGGACAGCCCCUGUGGCAGUUCGGGCACCGAGAUAUUCCAUUUUUGCGAGACUGUCUCAUGGCGACAGUCGUUCUCAUGGCGACAGCCGUGUAUCGAAUGAUGACCUCAAUCCAAUGGUUGACCUGGAAAACAACCAACAUACCGCUCCGGUACGACCAAACUCGUCGCGAAUCGAGUCGGAUCGCUUGGUCGUAGCCGACAUAGUUUCCACACGGAGCAGCAGUGUCUUUAUGCAACAAGCCCGGGAAGUACAGAAUGAGACAGAUGGAACAGCCACCAAUCUACGCAGGAAGAAUUCAAAACUAUUGAUUGGAUGCGCACUUGCGGCCAUUGUAUUGUUUGUGCUAGUGACGAUCGUGCUGGUUGUCCUUGUCCACAACAAAAAGACCUCGGAUGUGGAAAACCAGACCAACGUACCCACUAGUCCUCCUUCUACCAUGACCCCAACACAAGCACCGACGUUUUCCUUGGAAGAAUCCAUACUGAAACUCCUGCCGGACGACACCCAAAGGCAAAUCAGGAGAGGUGGCACUCCACAAGAAAAAGCGUACGAGUGGCUUCUCGUUGAUCCUGGCUUGCCAGACUACCCUGAUUGGCGCCGAGUGCAACGGUUUGCCCUGGCAACUCUUUACUAUGCUACACGGGGCCAACACUGGUUCAACAAUACCAACUGGCUAGAUUACAACAAGGACGAAUGCUCUUGGUAUACAACAGUAGUACCGCUCCAUAUCUUGUUGACUCAAAUCGAGGGGACGUUAGCCUACGAUGAAUUUGCAAUAGAAUUGUGGGAAGAAGAAAUUUUCGAUCAAUACCUCGAGCAAAGCGUUUGUGAGUAUGAUGGCUACGCAUCAAAUAAGUAUCAACACCUGAGGCUCUUCAAAAACAAUUUGCAAGGAUCGUUGCCUGAGGAGAUGUAUCUCUUGACAUCACUGAAAUCGGUGACCCUGUUCACCAAUGACCUUGCUAGAAGCACCAUCUCAACGCGCAUUGGCAAUCUCCCCGACUUCAGAUUGUUGGGCAUGAUUAAUGUUGGUCUACAAGGAUCGAUUCCGACAGAGAUUGGUUUACUCACGGAUAUGCGAGCCUUUUGGAUCUUGAGCAACAAUAUCACUGGGACAAUCCCAUCGGAAAUGGGUUUGCUUGACCCAAUGGCUGAGAUUAUGAUGGAAGAGAAUAUGAUUUCGGGGACGCUGCCAACUGAAAUUGGACUGAUGACCAACCUGAAGCGGCUGUUCUGUGACAAUACUCUUCUGGAGGGUUCUCUUCCAACAGAACUUGGGCAAUUGAGUGCCAUGAGGGAUAUGAUGAUGUAUUCCACGAACAUUUCUGGGGCCAUUCCUACUGAGAUUGGGAUGAUGACCAGCACAACUCGACUCUACCUGGAUGAAACAAACCUUGCAGGUACCCUUCCUUCAGAGCUUGGCCAAAUGACUCAAAUGAUUGACCUCCAGAUAUAUGAUACUGGCAUCACCGGAGUGAUCCCAACUGAGAUUGGGAUGAUGACCAGCACAACUCGCCUCUACCUGAAUGAAAUGCCCCUGGUGGGCUCUUUGCCUUCGGAACUAGGCCAAAUGACUCAAAUGAUUGAUCUAAUUAUGUAUUCCACAAACAUUUCUGGCGCCAUUCCCACUGAGAUUGGGAUGAUGACCAGCACAACUCGCCUCUGGCUGAACGAAACAAACCUUUCAGGUACCCUCCCUUCAGAGUUUGGCCAAAUGGCUCAAAUGAAUGAUCUGAGGAUGUAUGCCACAAACAUUUCUGGGGCCAUUCCCACUGAGAUUGGGAUGAUGACCAGCACAACUCGUCUCUACCUGAGUGAAAUGCCCCUUAUAGGCUCGUUGCCUUCAGAAUUAGGCAUGUUGACUGUGCUGGAGGAUGUACAGAUUUACCUCACAAACAUCACUGGAGUCAUUCCUACUGAGAUUGGGAUGAUCACCAGCUUGGAAUGGGUGUUCUUCGACAGCAAUCGACUGAGUGGUGCCAUCCCCGGUGAAUUGUUUGGUCCUGGUUCCAAGGUUGAACUUCUUCACUUGUUUGGAAAUUCUUUGAAUGGAUCCCUGCCCAUUGAGAUUGGACAAGCUUCUGGCUUGAAGUUUCUUUGGUUGGACCGAAACCAGUUGACUGGAUCUCUUCCAAGUGAGAUUGGUCUGCUCGAGAAUCUGGAAGACCUGGAUUUGUCCUACAAUGAGUUUGAGGGGAGUGUCCCAGCAGCACUUUUUGACUUGAUGGCUGAAGGUUCCAUGUUGUUGGCAAAUCUAACGGAUACUGGGCUGUCUGGGAGUCUCCCUUCUGAAGUGUGUGUUGCUCCGAUGGAACUGGUGUUCAACUGCUCUGAGCUUUUGUGUGGCUGUGAAUGCAGUUGUGAUGCUGGGGAAAGAGGAGACAGCACCUGGGUGAAUCAAACAGCUAAUCAAACAGUGUAG